GGAAUGGUUGCCUGUCGGAACAUACAUCAUUGCACUGUGAUCUGGGACCGCUAUACGCUGGAAUUAAUUAUUAAAUGCAUCACAAGCGUAACUGGAAGAGAUUAAUUUUUCCAGAUGAGAUUCCUAUUUUGCUCUGCGGUCCAAACGGAUGACAGCACACCUCUCUGCUCAGCGUCCAUCCAUCUUCAUAAACAUGCAUUUGUGGAUACUGGCCAUAUCAUCAUUUGCCACGUUCUUCAGCUUAAUUGAGAUGUUUGACAUUUAUGGGGAUAUAUGUAGAGACCUGUGUCUCUGUGAAGAAAGAGAUGGGAUCUUCACAGCCAGCUGUGAAAACCGAGGAAUAAUAAGUCUGUCGGAGGUAACACCUUUACACCUCACUGCUUAUCAUCUUCUGCUCACUGGGAAUCUGUUAAAGAAAGUCUCUCUCAACGAUUUUGUUCAUUAUGAAGGACUCACCAUUUUACAUCUCGGAAACAAUGAUAUCUCAGAAAUUGAAGCUGGGGCAUUUAAUGGACUCCAGGGAUUAAGAAGACUGCACUUAAACAAUAACAAACUUGAAGCUCUUAAGGACGAUACGUUCCUUGGGCUUGAGAGCUUGGAGUACCUACAGAUAGACUACAAUUAUAUUAGCCAUAUUGAACCAAAAGCCUUGAGCAUAUUACAUCAUUUAGAGGUGCUCAUUCUGAAUGACAAUUUGCUGUCUACUCUGCCCUACAACAUUUUUCAGUUUGUUCCUUUAACUCAUCUUGACCUGAGGGGAAAUCAGCUCAAAGUUCUUCCCUAUAAUGGCCUUCUAGAACAUUUGAGUCACAUUGUGGAGUUACAGCUUGAAGAAAAUCCAUGGAAUUGUUCCUGUGAGCUCAUUCCUCUCAAAGCAUGGCUCGAGAGUAUAUCCUACACAGCGUUAGUUGGAGACGUGGUUUGUGAAACACCUUUUCGCCUGCAUGGACGAGACCUCGAUGAGAUCUCCAAACAGGAACUAUGUCCCCGGAGAGCCAUCGCUGAGUAUGAAAUGCAAGCAGAACCUGCUCAUAACAGCGAGAUUCUCUACAAAACCACACCGGCGACAGCGAUGGCAGCCUUCGCAUCCUCAAACAUCUUGCGCUCCACAAGGCCGACAAAAAGCAGCCGUUCGUCAGGGAAGCUACGUGUCAAACCCACUUCUCGCACAUCCUCCAGCAAACCACAGAAUUAUGGCCCGAUGUUGGCCUACCAGACAAAAUCUCCAGUUCCUGUGGACUGUCCCAGUGCAUGCACUUGCAAUCUCCAAAUCUCAGACCUCGGUUUAAACGUUAACUGUCAAGAGCGAAAAAUCGAGAGCAUUUCGGUUCUCGAUCCCAAACCGUACAACCCGAAAAAGAUGUACCUGACAGGUAAUUACAUCUCUGCUGUGCGCGAUUCUGACUUCAGUGGAGCUACGGGAUUAGAUUUGCUGCACCUAGGCAACAAUCGCAUAGCCAUCAUUCAUGACCGAACAUUUGGACAACUAAUACAUUUGAGAAGGCUCUACCUGAAUGGUAACUUAAUAGAGCGACUCACUGAGGAUAUGUUCUAUGGACUACAAAGCCUGCAGUUUCUCUAUCUGGAAUAUAAUAUCAUCCGUGAGAUAGCGGUGGGUGCCUUUCAGCAAGCUCCCAACCUUCAAUUGCUUUUCCUCAACAAUAACCUCCUCAAGACUCUACCAGUGGGGAUCUUUGAUGGAUUAAGUCUAGCUCGAUUAAAUUUGCGCAGCAACCAUUUUCGUACUCUACCAGUUGGCGGUGUGUUAGAAGAGCUCACGUCACUAGUACAAAUAGAUCUGUUUGAGAACCCCUGGGAUUGCUCAUGUCUUAUUGUGGAGAUGAAGAACUGGUUGGAGCAGCUUAGUGCUGGCACCGUGGUGAACACCGUCAUUUGCGAAUCUCCGUUGAGACUCUCGGGAGAGGAUAUGAGGUAUAUUCGUUCUUCUCAUCUCUGCCCAGAAAUUUCAAAUGUACAGUCUUCUGUUGUACCACCCUCAGAGGAAUCCUUUCCUGGCAGUACUAUCACCUUAGAAACAGCCUUGGAUUAUGACACACAAUAUCCUGCAGUCCCCCUCUCAGUUCUUAUUCUUGCCUUACUGCUUCUUUUUAUAAUAUCUGUGUUUGUCGCUGCCGGGCUUUUCGUUGUCAUAAUGAAACGGCGCAAAAAGUCUGAACGUUUGGCUUCACUGACCACCAAUGCAAGCUCCUUCAAUGCAAUCUACAAAGACAGGGCAACUCUGAAGUCUAGAACUUCCGUGGGCCACAUCUACGAGUACAUUCCAGCUGCAGCGGAGGGCGUCGCCAAAAACGCCCCCUAUGGUGCAAAUGAGGCAAAUGCAAUUGAGAGUUACAGAGACUUUGAAGAGGUUAACAAAGCUCUAGCAUGUAACUCGGAUGAAGAGGUGGGGAGCAACGCAAUAAGCUCAGAGUUCAGUGCAGGUACGCCGGAUGCGCUCAACAGAAACUCCCCUCUUUUGGAUGACAACUACUUUUACCGAGAUAUCUUGUCGAGGGACCAGCAGGCUUCUUACAGGGGUAAUUUACCAUGCAAGCACGGCACACAUGCUUCAGCUCACUGUGCGCCAGACUUUGAUGUGAGACAUCAAUACUUGGAUCCAGAAAGGAUUCAGCAGACCAUGGUGUACUGCUCGACACCAACCACCGUCUACAUAGAGCCGAACAGAAGCGAAUACUGGGAACUGAAAGCAAAGCUUCACUUUGAACCAGACUAUUUGGAGGUUCACGAGAAAAGAACCACCUUCACCCAGUUCUGA